UAGUUCAUAUAAUCAACAAAAUUACUAAAUAUAUUCCAGCUGACCGGCCAGCUCCUUUUUUCAGCUGUAAAAAUGAUUUCCCACUCCGCAUCCCGGAGCGUAACUAGCUUUGUGCAAUCGACCACCGUCUCUCAGUGUGCCACUGUGCAGGAUCCGCAAAUAGUUCUGAUCAGCUAUGCGAAACGUUAUAUGGAUACUGCCCGGCUGAUACGGCUCAAGUUUAUUGCACAGGUGUGCCCCAAGCUGCGCGUCGAGGCGCUGGAGCUGGCCAUCAAUCAUGUGAAAAAGACGUACAAUGUGAAGAUGUAUGAGGAGCUGUACCGAACGCUGUGCACUGAGCGUGAGCGCAGUAUGGCCGUCACAGAGGCGAGUGAGGGGGCACCUUCCAGCUCGACUACGGCAUCAUCGAGACCCGAUAAUGCUGAGGCAGACAGCGGCUCCAACAAGGCACACCUCUACGACGCCUACUGGGUGGAGGAUAACACCAUGGAGGCCACUUUGCUGCUGCAGGAGCUCGAUGCUGAGCUCAAUUUUAAGAAAUCAAAUUCGGGCAGCGCCUAUGUGCGACGCAUUCUGGAAGAGAUUGGGGAUUAUCAUGUGAAGAGCGGCAAUCUGCAGCUGGCUGUGAAAUUCUAUGCUCGGGCGCGUCCCUAUUGCACCACCAGCGACAAUGUGAUCAAUAUGUUCCGCAAUCUAAUUCGGGUGUCCAUCUAUAUGGCCAACUGGUGGCAUGUGCUCAGCUACAUUGACGAGGCCAAGCAGUAUGCGUGCGGCUUUCCAAAUCUGGCACGCAUCGUGCCCGCCCAGCUAAGCUGUGCCGCGGGUCUGGCCAAUAUGGGCCUGAAGAUCUAUAAGACGGCGGCGCAUUGUUUCCUGUUGACGCCCUUUGAGCGAUACGAUUAUGAUAAGAUUGUGGCGCCACAGGAUGUGGCAUUUUAUGCUGGCCUGUGCGGUCUGGCCACAUUGGAGCCGGAAAUGCUGCAGCUAGGCUGUCUGAACUCGGAGGCAUUCAAGCCGUUCUUUGACCUGUCGCCCAUCAUGUGGGAGAUUUUGUCCAAGUUCUUUAGAAACGAAUUUGAUCACUGCAUCCAGCUGCUGCAUGAGGUUGAGAGUGGCGUACGUUUAGAUAUCUAUAUGGCACCGCAUGUGGAUGCACUGUAUCAAAAGAUCAUGACUAGAAUUCAGGAGAGAAGACACGCCAGUGGUUCGUUAUCAUCUGAAAGCUCAUUUGUAACGAUGCAGGAAGUGCAAAUAAUUGAUAGGGAAACGAGCAUUUAUUUCAGAAAUUCAGAUUUGUAACAAACCGAAAAAAAAAAUAGUUCACUUGU